AGCUUAAGCGUAUGAAUACGUUCACUAGCAAAUGACAUCAUCCCUCUCCAACUCAUUCCCGCAUCAGCUCAAGACACAUUCUCUUUGCAGCGAAGCUGGUAGUAAGAAGACAUCCUCCACUUUGGUAUAUAUAACCAGUGUGUGAUCACUUUUCAUUUCAUUUGCCAACCUUCAUCAUGCGUGAGAUUGUUCAUAUUCAGGCUGGACAGUGUGGUAACCAAAUUGGUGCCAAGUUCUGGGAAGUUAUUUCUGAUGAACAUGGUAUUGACCCAACUGGAACCUACCAUGGUGAUUCUGAUCUCCAAUUGGAAAGAAUCAAUGUCUACUACAAUGAAGCUACAGGAGGUAAAUAUGUACCUCGAGCUGUGUUGGUUGAUCUUGAGCCAGGUACCAUGGACUCUGUAAGGUCUGGACCUUUUGGCCAAAUCUUUCGUCCAGAUAACUUUGUCUUUGGACAGAGCGGAGCUGGUAAUAACUGGGCUAAAGGUCACUACACAGAAGGAGCCGAAUUGGUUGACUCAGUAUUAGAUGUUGUCAGAAAGGAGUCUGAAAGCUGUGAUUGUCUGCAAGGCUUCCAACUUACCCACUCUCUUGGUGGCGGAACUGGUUCUGGAAUGGGAACUCUUCUCAUCAGUAAAAUCCGAGAAGAAUAUCCAGAUAGAAUCAUGAACACAUUCUCUGUCGUACCAUCCCCAAAAGUAUCUGAUACAGUUGUAGAACCAUACAAUGCUACUCUAUCAGUACAUCAACUUGUAGAAAACACAGAUGAAACUUACUGUAUUGACAAUGAAGCUUUAUAUGAUAUCUGUUUCCGUACGUUAAAACUUACCACACCAACUUAUGGUGACUUGAAUCACUUGGUGUCAGCUACCAUGUCUGGUGUAACAACUUGUCUUAGAUUUCCUGGUCAACUUAAUGCUGAUCUACGUAAACUAGCUGUCAACAUGGUACCCUUCCCUCGUCUACAUUUCUUUAUGCCUGGUUUUGCUCCUCUCACAUCUCGAGGUAGUCAACAAUACCGAGCUCUUACAGUACCUGAACUUACUCAACAAAUGUUUGACGCCAAGAACAUGAUGGCUGCCUGCGAUCCACGUCAUGGAAGAUAUUUGACAGUUGCUGCUAUGUUCCGAGGUCGUAUGUCCAUGAAGGAAGUGGAUGAACAGAUGUUAAAUGUUCAGAAUAAAAACAGCAGUUACUUUGUUGAAUGGAUCCCCAACAACGUAAAGACUGCCGUUUGUGACAUUCCACCAAGAGGUCUUAAAAUGUCUGCAACCUUCAUUGGUAACAGUACAGCUAUUCAGGAAUUGUUUAAGAGAAUAUCAGAGCAAUUUACUGCUAUGUUCAGAAGAAAGGCUUUCCUCCAUUGGUAUACUGGUGAAGGUAUGGAUGAGAUGGAAUUUACAGAAGCUGAAUCCAACAUGAAUGAUCUGGUAUCUGAAUAUCAACAAUACCAAGAUGCCACAGCUGAAGAGGAGGGUGAAUUUGAUGAAGAGGAGCCUGACGCUGAUGAAGCUUAAAUAGAACGUGAAAUUAUACCGGGAUACAUUCGCAAACUUUCCUUUCUUGUCUAUCUUUCUUAAAAAUGUCUUAGUGUUGGCAAAUUAGUCUUCGGAUGGAUUUGAGUGCCAGCUUUUUGUGCCAUUAAAGUAUAGUUAUUGAGUAAUUACUGGUAAGUCACUUUAGUGAUAGGCCUGUAUGGUGGGUUUCAUUAAUUUUUACAAAUUGAAAUCUGUUGUUUAUUUUGUUAUCAUUUAACUUGGUUUUACAUCAGUUGUGGUCUUAACAUGAUUUUGAAAUUCUUGCUGUUUUCCUUUAGUAAAUUCAUGUGAUUUUUGCUGGAUUGUGUGACGAUUUUUGCCAUUACACUAAAGACAAUUCCUGAAUAAAGAUUUCAUUUUAUUAAA